GGCGGCUCGGGCGCGCGAGGAUGACGUCACUCGGCGCGUGCCCGGGUAGCCCGUGGUAACACCUAGUCUGCGGAAGUGGAGACGAGCGGGCAGGCGGCUGACACAGGGGACUGAAAGUUGUGGAACCCUAAUUUGUGACAUCGGGUGUUUUUUGGUAAGCAGCCAUUUAUGACUCUGGAAGAUUGGGACUGACAGGAAGCCCCUUCUGAGAUUUUAACAAAGUUCUCGAACAACACCUAUACCAUGGACAUAAAGCUGGAUCCUUCCCGAGAUGACCUGCCUCUCAUGGCCAACACCAGCCACAUACUUGUGAAGCACUAUGUACUGGAUUUAGAUGUGGAUUUCGAAAGUCAAAUCAUUGAGGGCACCAUAGUGCUUUUCUUCGAGUCUGGAAAUAAAUUCAAGAAACAGAGUAGUUCCACCGAGGAAACCUACCCAUCAGAGUCAAACAAAGCCUGCAAAUUUAGGACGCCUGAACCCUGCCAUAUUCCUGUAACAAAUACAAGGACCGUCUCAUCUAAAAUGGGAUAUAAUGAUCUUGUAAUCUGUGGUAAAGGUGAAAAAGAUACGUCUGGUAAAGAUGGUAACCAUGACAACCAGGAACAGGCUUCUGGGAUUUCUAGCUCAAAGUACUGCUGUGACACAGGGAAUCAUGGGAGUGAGGAUUUUUUGCUAGUGUUGGACUGCUGUGAUUUAUCUGUGUUAAAGGUUGAGGAGGUGGAUGUUGCUGCUGUGCCAGGUAUUGAAAAAUUUACAAGGUCUCCCAAGCUCAGGAAUCAGAUUGUACGUGAACUCGUGGCUCUGCCUGCAGAUCGUUGGAGGGAGCAGUUAGACUAUUAUGCUCGCUGCAGCCAGGCUCCUGGUUGUGGGGAACUCCUGUUUGACAUUGACACUUGGAGCUUACAGAUCAGGAAGACAGGGGUUCAGACAGCUACUGACUUUCCUCAUGCCAUAAGGAUACAGUACACAACCAAACCCCAGGGGCGAUCAGUUACGUGGACCUCAGACCAGAGUGGCAGGCCAUGUGUUUAUACUAUGGGAUCGCCCAUAAACAACAGGGCCCUUUUUCCAUGCCAGGAGCCACCCGUUGCCAUGUCAACAUGGCAGGCUACGGUUCGAGCAGCUGCAUCUUUUGUUGUUUUAAUGAGUGGGGAAAAUUCUGCCAAGCCAACACAGCUUCGGGAAGGGUGCUCAAGUUGGCAUUACUACGUAACCAUGCCAAUGCCAGCCUCCACCUUCACAAUUGCAGUAGGAUCCUGGACAGAAACGAAGCCAGAGAUCUGCUCAUCAGAUGAUCUGGCAACAGAGAAAUCCUUCUCACCUUUCGAGGCUGACUUCAGGUAUGUUGGUGUUUGUGGUCACAUGGAAUACCCCUGCCGCUUCCAGAACGCUUCUGCCACCACCCAGGAGAUAAUUCCUCAUCGGAUCUUCGCUCCAGUGUGCCUGAAGGGUGCCUGCCAAGAGACCCUUCUGCCGCUGAUCCCUCCUUGCCUCUCAGCAGCACACUCUGUCCUGGGAACACACCCGUUCUCCAGGCUGGAUGUACUCAUUGUUCCUGCCAACUUUCCGAGUCUGGGGAUGGCCAGCCCACACCUCGUCUUCCUCUCUCAGAGCACCUUGACUGGAAUGAGCCAGUUCUGUGGGACCCGUCUCUGCCAUGAAAUUGCUCACGCCUGGUUUGGCCUGGCUAUCGGGGCCCGUGACUGGACGGAAGAGUGGCUCAGUGAAGGGUUCGCCACUCACUUGGAAGAUGUAUUCUGGGCCAAGGCGCAGCAGCUGGCCCCCCACGAGGCCCAGGAGCAGCGGGAGCUGAGGGCUUGCCUGCGCUGGCGUCGCCUCCAGGACGAGAUGCGGAACUCCCCGGAGGAUAUGCAGGUGUUGAGGACUGCCCACUGAGGCCAAAGUGUGAGGGGAAUGCCGAGCCCAGCCUGACCCCAGCGAGGCUCGCCAGUCCUUUGUGCGGCACGGCAGCACAGGGUGUGGCCGCUCUUCCCACGGAGAAGUCCUCUCUCGCACGCUAAGUGCUGGCGUCUGCUGACUCAUCCAUUGUUUAGGAAAGCCGGAGCCGGGAGUCCUGUCUUCCCCACCCAGCGCCACUGUGCAAGCAUCCGUUCACUCAGCCAGUGGGAUGGCUACACCCACCGCCAACGUGGACAGGGUCCCUGCUCUCAUGGAACUUGAACGUAGCAGGGACUCUCUUGUAGGCACAGCUAGUUACAGGUGGUGAGAAGUUCUGUGAAGGGAACGCCGAGAUUUACAGUAAAGAGGCUGGGGAAUGCCUCUCUGAAGAGCAUCAAGGCCUGAGGCAGGAAAGGGCUUGCCAUGCUGGUGCUCGAGGGGCAGAAAGGAAGGCAGUGUGGUUAGAAGGGCGGGGAGAGGCGGGCAGGAGCUCGAUCAUCCAGCCUUACCCUGAGCGCCAUGGAAGCUGCCCCAGGGCCUUCAGCACGGAAGGAUCCUUAUCUGUCUUGUGCUUGCAGGCAGCAGACAGAAAGCCAGGAGAAGGGUUAGAAGGUUGUAGUAGUCCACGUUCGAGGUCCUGGUUGUGGCAGGGCGGACACAAGAAGCAGACCUGUUUAAGACAUGUGUUGGCAGAUCUUUGGUCUGUUGAAUGUGGAGAAAAGGAAAUUGCAAGUGUCCAGAAUGACUUCGAGGCUUUUGACCAGAGCAGCUGAGUAGACAGGUGGUGAUGCCAUUUGGGGAGACGGUAAAGACUUUGGGAGGGGCAGGCUUUGGAGGGAAGAAUAAAGAUUUCAGUUUUGCAUGUGUCAAGUUUGACAUGCCAAAUAGAUAUUCAAUAUUGAAAACUCAGUGAGGUUUACAAGUUAGGAGCUCAUUGGAGAGGCUGGAACAUUCAGCCUAUGGAGACUUAAAAUUCUGAGCACGUUGAAAUGACCAGCUAGAGAGGAAAGUGAGAGAAGAGGUUGAGAGGAAGAUGAGGGGCCCGUGGAGGAGCUGGGGAAAUCAGUGCGGAGAAAACCCCGAUGCCGGGAGUCAUGGGAGUCAGGAAAGGAAAUGCCGGCUGCUGCUGAGGGGUGUGUAAAAGGGGGGGAGAGAAGUGACCUUCGGGUGGACUGCAUGAAAGGUGUUGGUGACCUUGACAUGCAGGCAUUAAUUCAUGAGCUGUGGAGAAGGGAGCCCGACUGAAGUGGGUAGAGGGGUGAAUGGGAGGUCUGGAAGCAGAGACAUUGAGUGUGGACUUUGUGAGAGAUGUUGUGCCGGGAGGGGAGGCAAAUGAGGAUCAGGGAGGUUUGUUUUAAGGUGGCUGAUGCAGGAACAAGCUUAUGUGUGAGCUGUAUAACUGGGCCAAUCCUGCCAGCUCUCAAGACUCAGUUUCCCCACUCUCCAAGUCUCUAAGUCCCUUUGAUGCCCCCAGUUCUGUAUGACCAUAGACCAUCAGUUCGGGUAAGGACACUAUAAUUAACAGCAGUUGGUGAAACGUGUUCCCAACUUAUAAGCAGUCAGAUGGACCCUGGGAAGUCAGUGCACAUGAGUGGAGAGCCUUGUCUCUGGGGUUCGUGGAGCUUCUGAUGUCCAAGAGCUUUUCCUUUGUGUGUGGAGCCGGGAAAAGGAAUACGCUAUUUUUAGAACCUUGUGCUAAAAGGCUUAUUAUGGCAUUUGUUUUUCUUUUUCUUAGUAUUCAGAAAUUGUGUUUGCCUAAAUUUAGGCUAACCAUGAAAUGAGUGCAUUUGAAAGAUUUGUUGCCCAUCAGUAUGGAAAAUAUUGUUAUCAGAUGCACUUACAAUGAAGAGGAAAUGUUUCUGAACCUGCCCCAAAUUAUAUAGUCUAGGUUUAGUUUAUUCCCAUCCCUUAGAAUUCUCCCUUAAAUGGGCUCAGAGAACCUAGAAAUGACUGACAGUGAAAGGAAGAACCAGAGUUGUAAAAAUUUGUUCUCGGAUUUUUGCUUUAGUACACAAAUAAGACCUUGGGAAAGAAGUCUCUUAAAACAAUACAGUAGUCAAAGAUGCUAUCUUUUUUCUUUCUUGCUUUUAAGAUACCCCAUGGUCUUCAAAUGAUGGACCAAGAACAAUUUAGAAGUCUUGGUUUCACGUUGCCAGAGGCAAUGGAAACUUCUCCUACCCACCUUUGCAGCAACUUGCAACAUGGUUGACCACUCCCUCUUUCUAAACACACUUUCUUCCCUUGGCUUCUGUGUCACACUCUCCUUGAUUUCCUUCUACCUCACUGCUGGUCCUUCCCCACCUCUCCUGCUGGCUGUUUAACAUCUUCACUUAGGUGACUCAUGGCUUCGAAAGACCAGUUAAGGUGUCCAACAUCAUACAGCCAAUAAAGAGCAGAGUGGGGAUGGAAACAAUCCUCUUUUCCUUACACCACCUCCCUGCCUCCAAAGAACUUGAUAUAGCAUUUAGUUGCAUUAAAAAAAAAAUACUCCAGGUAUCUUGAACUGUGGAAGGACAUGAAGGUCGGGUUGGAAAAAGUAUCCUUGGGCAGAGUAUCUUUGUCUUUUUACACAUGAGAUUGUGUGUCUGAUUAUUUCAGUCAAUAGUAGGGAAACAGGAAAACUCAAUAUUGUGUUGAUGAUAGCUAUUGGAGGGGUAUUGAUAAAGUGAGAAGAGAAAAAUUAAAAUGAUGUUUGUCUCUGACUUGCUAAUUUCAGUAAUUUAUAAGAACUGUUUUCCAUUUGUGCCUCCCAUAUAUCCAGUGUUGAAUCAUGGCUCUCAUCAAAUGUGUCUUAAAUUGACCUGCUUGUAAGUUUCAUUUGGUUAAAACAGUUCCUUGUGUUUUCCGAGGUUUCUCAGCCUUCCCUGGCUGGGGAGCCUGUAAUGUGGCUGCAGGCUCCCGAGGCAUAGUUUCAAAAUGCUAGGGUCACAUUUCUGGCUCCAUGCCUUUUCCCAUUUGUUAAUUAUUAAAAUGCCUUUCCCGUAGAUGAGACCCCAGUGGCUCUCUCCAGACUUUCCCUCACCUCUCCCUCCACCAGGCCUGGGCAGAACCGUUUGCCCUUCAAAGCCUGAUGUGACUCUUCCACUCUGCCCCGCCUGGCUGCCACCACUUCGCUCUCCGCUAUUCGUUCCCCCACUCCCCCCACUCUUGUCCAGUGCAGCAGCCAUGACUCUUGACAAGGAAGAUGCCAGGGGGCUUCUGAAAGGCUCCCGUGCCUUUGGUCUCUAGGGUAUAGCUGCGUCAGCAUCUUCCCUUUAAGUGUUUUCAGUUAGUGUAUCAUGACAGGCCGGCGGGAUGGAAGAGCUACGGUGGCGGGGUCAGAAGAAAUCUCUGUUGGUUUUUAUAGUUUGUGAUUUAUUAUCACUUCCCCCUUUUUCUGGAUUCAUUGUUAAAGUCAAGCUCGUGCUGAGAAAAACGUUAAAAUAUAUCACGUUGAGUAGGCGCUGACAAGCCCGGAGUCUGACGUGGCUCUUUCUAGCUGCUGCCUCCACAGUUGAUACAAUUCUAGAGAAAUGCAGUCUCUUUUCCCAUCUUCCUCAUGAAUCCCUCAGCCCCCUGGUUCCAAAGACAUUCCAUAAUAAUAAUAGGGACCCCCCCCCCAAGUAUGUAACUCUAUCUACAGCCAAAAUGAAAUGUGCAUGCCACAAGUUCUGUGAGUUUGCACGAUGCCUAAGCACUGUGUAUUCCAUUUAACCGGUGAGACUUUUUUCCAUUAAAAGCCUAUGUGUAAACCUUCUCUAGUAUUCAUGAAGUUUUCACCUUUAAAGUUUUUUUUCAAAAUUUUUAUUUCUAGUCCUUGAAGAACAUAGCAAUCUUUCCCACCCACAUGUGGGAACGUGUCCAUUCUCAGCCGCACAAGCCUGCCUCAUGGAAAAGCUCCAGCCCAGAGCUUCACUGCUGGGCCUGAACACUCCCCAGAAUUCUUCUUCAGUCUCCACUGGCCCUGCAGGCAUAAAUAAAUCCCUUCACUCCUCCUUGGGCAGCUCCCUUCUCCUUGCCUACGGUAUUUAUUCCAGACCUUCCCCAUGCUCUCUUCCUUCUCUUGCCUCCUGUCCCACAGGGAAGGUGGAGGCCACCAGCCUAUUCUCCCUUUGAUUCUGUAAGCACAUCAGCAUGCAAAUCUACCCUGACCUCUCAGAUGCCUGAGUGCCAACUUGUCGGUCUCAGUACAGCUAAAGACAAUUUUCUGGUUCCAGAAACAGAACUAGAAAUGAAUGUGCCUUGAUGCAGAUCAUAGAGCUACAUACAUAAGUGAGUUUUGGAACCCUCUGCCCACGAGGGAGAAGGGAAGGAGGAGCUGUACACCAAGGGAGGAUGAAGCUCUCAUGACUUUGGACGUGAACUGGGGUCACAAGUCUAGGGAAACUUUUUCCAUUUGACAUCAUCUCUUCCUGGUUGCCCUACAUCUCACAGUGGUAAUCCCCUCUCCCACUCCCAUCUGCUCACCUCCAAUAGCACUGAACUCAUCCCUGGUAGCACAAGUUCACACACUCAUCCAAGGUAGAAACCUGGGAAACUUGUCCAAUUCCUCCCUCUCCCUGGGAGGGUUUAAGCCUUCACUAUGAACUUACCUCAUAAGUCUUUCUCAAUUCGACGCUUCUCCACCCCUAAUACCACUGUCUCUCUCUGUUUAGAGCUUAAUGGCUUGCUGGCACCACUCUAAUAUCCUGUGACUUGUUUUUUCUACCUGUAGUCUAACCCCAUCAAAUCCAUCUUCCUCACUGCCACUGAGGAGCUCUACUUAAAACCCAUUAUGAUUCCACCACCUCCUUGCUUAAAACUCUUCAAAAGUUUCCCCUUGUCUCCAGGAAGAACUUCCACAGCAGGCAAAGCCCGGCACACCAUCACUCCCAUUCUUCUGGUCUCUUCUCUUACCAUUCUUUGCUUCACUCUCUAGCCACCCCAAAUAGUUCAUAGAACCCUACUGUAUUAGUUUGCCAGGGCUGCCAUAACAAAAUUCUACAGACUGGUAUGUGGCUUAAACAGCAGAAAUUAAUUUUCUUGCAGUUAUAGAGGCUAGAGGUCCAAGAUCAAGGUAUCUUCUGAGGUGUUUCUCCUUGGCUUGCAGAUGGCUGCCUUCUCUUUGUUUCCUCACUUGGUCUUUUCUCUGUGUGUCUGCACUCCUGCCGUCUCUUUGUAUGUCCUAAUCUCUCCUUAGAAAGACACCAACCAGAUUGGAUAAAGGUCCAACCUAAUGGCUUCAUUUUAGCUUAACUCCUUCUUAAAGGCCUUAUCUCCAAAUGCAGUCACAUCCUGAGGUACUGAGGGUUAGGGCUUCAACAUAAAAAUUUUGGAGAGAUGUAAUUCAGCCCAUAACAUCUACUGUCUGCCUGUUCUUUCUUAUCUCCUUGCCUUUUUUUCAUAUUGUCUCUAUUUAGAAUAUCCUUCCUUUGUUGCACGACUCCAGAUCAUUCUGACUCAGCACAGGUACAACUGCCUCCAUAAGUCUCAGGCCCUACCCUGACAGGAUAAGCUGGCAACCCUCCUCUCUACCCACUAAAUGCUCUGCUUGUAUCUCCACCCAUGACCUUACUACAUUAUUUUAUAAUUAUAUUUAGAAUGAGCCGUGUUAAAUUCCCAAUAUUUGACUAUUUUUAACCUAUAAAAACAGCAUUUUCACAUUGCCCAGCUUGAUACAUCUCUCUUCUGACCCAUCAACCUUCUGAACCUAGGGACUAUGUCUUCUUUGCGUCUGUAUACCACAGUGCUUGGCACUGAGUGGGUGCUUGAUAAAUAUUGAAGAAGUGAAUGCUGUAGACAGCAUGAUCUCUGUCCCUGAGUUUCUUUGUAUAUUAUUCAGAGAGUUGAAAUAUUGGUCACGAGACAAUAGAUAGACAGAUUCUAGGCUGCACCCUCAGAAUUCAAAGAGCUGAGAGUUGAAUAUCGGUAAGCUUAGUUAGAAAGGGCCAUUGGGAAGAUGUGAGGCUUGAGCUGGGAUGGUGAGAAAGAAUUUCACUGAGGCUGGUAAAGCAGUGAAGAGAGGGGAACUCAAUGAGCAAAGCCUGGCAGGCAUAAACAGUGAAUCGACUGUGGAAAUGUCCAUUAAGUGAGAAUGGGUUUACUGAAGAGGAGAGCCGUUAAGAACCUAUGAGACUGAAGGUGGACCAGGCUAGGUAAUGGAGUUCCUUAGAUGCCAAAUUCAAGAGUUUGCGUGUGACCAUCCAGGCGGUGGGGAGCUAUUUUCAGUUCCAAGAAUGAUGUAAUGCAAACGGAGUUCUGGGAAGAUUACCCAGCCUUCGGGAUAACACAUGAUCAGAUAGACAAAGUGGAGAGGUCAGAUAGAAUUAGAUGGCUGUUUCAGGAACCCAGACCUGAGAUUAGAAGAACUUGGAAUCCUCUUCUUGGAUGGCCUAAUAAGGCUUUGAAUGAGUCACUUUGGAGUUAUUCAAAACUGAUUGAAAUGUCAAUACAGCUUCAAGAAGUCUUCUAAUAAUAUGAUGUAAAGCUAUCCCUGAUCGCAGAUAAGGAUCGACCCAAUAAACGAACUGGUUGAAUAUGUGAGCUUUGUGAAGUUCGUUAUGACUUUGAACAGAGUGAAGGGCAACAGUCCCAGUGCCUUCUUGGCCAAGACCUGGUCUAUUCUGCCUCAUUUUAGAGAAACAUCAACUGAGGAUGCAGAACUGAACUCUCUCCAGGGCUUGUCAGUGUUCAGUUCUCAACGCAGGGAAAGUAGUAUAGGGUUAAGCAAGCCUGGAAGACAAACUGCCUGGAUUUGAGUUCAGUGCUGACUCCACUACUUGCUAUGUGACUCUGAGAGUUACACGACCAUACUGAGCUUUAGACUCCUCGAAUGGAAUGGGAAUAAUAACACGACAGUUUCCACUUUAUAGGUGAGUGUGAGGAAUAGAUGCCAUGAGUACGUGCAAAUCAUUUAGAACACAUGUGUUAGGCUGAAUCACAGGAAAUUGCCAUUCUGAUGGAUCUAAAAUAACCGAUUAUCGGCAAUUUCCUGUGGUUCAACCUAUAGUAAAUACUCAGCACAUGUUAGAUACUGUCAUCUAGACCCUCCGGCACCUGAUAAAAGUUUGCCCAACAAGUGACAGAGGCACAGGACACAGCCCCCACAGACAGCCUCACUCUGCCUCCUGGUUCAUUCUGGUUUCUGUCUCUCUUUCACUGCUGCCACCCUCCGGAUGGCAACCACAGAGGCAUCCUGCUCGUCUCUCUUUAACAACCAGAGCCUGGAAACACCUGCUUUUCCUCCUCACAAACUUACAAUUGGCUGGAAUGUUCAAAAAGUUAAUUUUGCUAAGAAGUUAAGAGAAUAUUUUUUUAAAAGUGCAAGAGAAUGCCUGGUUACAAAUGAAAAGGAUAGGGUUAAAAGCAAACCAUCCCCCCCCCCAAAAAAAAUCUGAACGUUAAACAAAGAUGCUCAAAUGAAUAGCUUGAGGGAAGAAUUAACUUGGCAAUCCUUCUAAGACUAAUGGGGUCCUCAUACCUUCCUGGAACCUACUUCUGGUCUAAUCUCUACAUAAGGGCCACCCUGGUGUCCCCUCUGGCUCCACUUCCCUGGCCCCUAUACAGAAUCUGACUACCGCCCUGAGAAGAAAAACGUUCUUGCCUCUAUGGCCUUCAAGAGUUCUAACCUGAGCUCGGACCGCUGGCACUGGCCUGUGAGUUUCCUAAAUCUCUACCUCUGUAUCCUGGAACUUCUGCCCUCUACCCUCCAUCACUCAGGCUCGGGGUCCCCUCCACCCCAUUCUCCCUGUCCAUUCUUUUUUGCUGUUUGUUUUGCUUUUUUAAUUUGAACCACACAUGCUAGGCUGUGUAGUCUGUUUCUACCCUUUUGUGACUGGAGGCUUCUGUACCUGUGCCAGCAUUUUCUGAAAAACUUGAGGGCUCUCAGCCAGCCAGAAACAGACUCUGUCCUUUCCUGUCUCAAAGGCCAGCUCCACCCCCUUGAGCUGCCCACUCAGUUCCUGUUUCCUGUUGGAGGGACACCCUCGGCUCUCACUUCUUUUACCCAGCAAAGAUGACAGACAUGUCCUGAAUAGUUGAACUCAAAUAACCCUUCCUUAUUCAUUUUUCUAGACCAUUCUCUGGUUACUCAUCACUCAGGUAUUUCUAAGGGAGGGGUAGAAUUCUCUUUUAUAGGCCCCUAAUAACAUACUUACUGUACAUGGUGUUUCAUUUUUUGCAAUAACACUUGGUAGAGUUUUUUUAAUAUAGAAAAACAUAAAGAAGGAAUAAAGUUGUUCAUAAUCACUAUUUAGUUAGCCAUUUUUUUAAAAAUACAAGUAUAUCAUGGGAAAUUUCAGUUUAGAAAAGUAUAAAAUUCCAUCCCCACCACCGUAGUCCUCACCCUAAGGUAAUCACUGCUAGCAUUUUCUUGUGAAUCCUUCAGAAAAUAAAUUUUAUAAGUAUAUGUGCAUAGUUUUUCUGUUUUGCUGCCCUGUGGGGCACUGAUUCAUUAUAACAGUAUUUGCCCGUGAAAUAUUUUCUUAAAAAAUAAUUCAUCUCCAUAAACCAACCUAUAAUAGUUCACUCCUAUUUUGCUCAUCCUUGGAGGAUAUCUCAUGCCCUCAGCCAAUCCUAGCACUAUGUAUAUUACAUUCUUGGCUAAUGAGUGUUAGUUUCCCAUUCAGAAAAACUCUCAACCAGUGAGUACUUUCUCAUGUAAUCCUAAAUUGACUCUGUUCUACAAAUUAUUUGCUUACUCCCUGUAGGUCUCCCCCAUGCUCCCCAAAACUAUUGUGUUUUGGCCAAUAGUUUUGACCAAGAACAGCUGACAAAAAUUGUGCAACUAUUUGACUGAACCUGCUUCAAAGAUACAUAAUGUCUUUAAUAUGUAGUAAGAAAAACUUCUUGCUACAUAUUAAAAUCCAGUUUUAUAGGGACUCCUCCCCCUUUCAAGUCAGUGGUUGAGGAGAGAAGGGCUAAAAAAGAGGAAUUGUAUUUCUGUUAAACAUUGUACUGGAGGGUCUAGCCAAGGCAAUUAGGCAAGAAAGUGAAAUAAAAGACAUCCACGUUGGAAAGGAAGAAGUAAAACUAUCU